UUGGUCAUAAUAAGCAAGGUGAUGAAGCCAGUACUAGCUCAGCACAAGGUAUGGAAAGGAAAGUUAAUGAAGAUUCCUUAUGGCAGGACAGUAAUAGUAGUUUAAAUAAACAAGGAUUAGAGCUGUCAAAGACUGGACUACCUGUUAUGCAGAACAGACAAGGUUAUUGCAACUGUUGCCAUGCACCCUACAGCAAUCUGGAACAGCAUGUAUAUAGUUCCCAGCACAAACAUUUUGUCAGUUACUGUAGGAAUCGCAUGGGUACAAGUAGCUUGAUGGAGCGUUUCCUGCAAGAUGUUCUGCAACAUCAUCCCUACAGAUACCAUGAUAACAGAUUGUGGCUGGUUUUGAAGUUUCCUUCCACAACUUCGUGGUUUCUGCAGUUAAGACAACAUUAGGACAAAGCAAUCACAACUCUCUUCCAUUUAAUUAAUGAAUUAUUGAAAACAUAAAAGGUUUCUAACAGUAAGAAAUACUAGGCUUUGAAACCACAUUGACAGUUUUACUUGACAAGCUCUCAAUUUAAACAUAACAUUAUAUGUAU